AUGGGUUUAAUCAAAUAUGGAAUUCUUGGUUUGAUAGCGCUUUUUGUUACUUCUGUAUUCUUAAUGAAUAAUGAACAUGUGGUACCUAAACUUCCAAAUACCUGGUGGGGUCCAGGAAGAGAAAACAAAAGCUUUAACAAAAGCAUUCGUCCGUUUAAGGUAGUUUUUGAUAAGAAGGAUAUCGAGGAUCUCAAAUUUCGAUUAAAAAAUACAAGAUUGCCAAAACCAGGUUUGGAAGGAGCAGCUUGGACCUAUGGUGUUCCUAGUCAAUAUUUACCAACGAUAAUUGAUCAUUGGCUUAACAAAUAUGAUUUCAAGAAGCGAGAAGAAUAUAUGAAUAAGUAUCCUCACUUUAUAACAAAUAUUCAAGGUCUUGAUAUCCAUUUUUUACAUGUAAAACCGAAGGAUGUGAAAGGUAAAAAAAUAUUACCCUUAUUAAUGCUACACGGUUGGCCUGGAUCAGUGAUGGAGUUCUAUAAAAUAUUUCCACUUCUCACGAAACCAAGACCAGAAUAUGAUUUCAGUUUUGAAAUUAUAGUCCCAUCCUUACCCGGAUUUGGAUUUUCAAGUCCAGCUGUAAGGCCAGGUCUCGGAGCCGCUGAGAUGGGAGUCGUGUUCAAAAAUUUGAUGGAAAGAUUAGGGUUUGAACAAUUUUAUACCCAGGGUGGUGACUGGGGCGCAGGAAUCACUGCCAGCAUGGCUGCAAUGUAUCCAGAACAUAUUCUUGGAAUACAUUCAAAUAUGUGUUUACUUAUGGCACCUUGGAAUUUCGUCAAGACUUUUUUAUUCAGUUAUUUUCCUUCAUUUAUUAUGCCUCAAGAAAACGUUCAUCUAACGUAUCCAUUGAGUAAGCAUUGGUUAUUUAAACUAGAAGAAUCGGGAUACUUUCAUAUUCAAGCCACAAAGCCUGAUACCGUAGGUGUUGCACAAAGCGAUUCACCAGUAGGAAUGGCAGCUUAUAUCUUGGAAAAAUUUUCGACGCUUACAAAUCCGGAUUACAGAUUUAAGGACGAUGGUGCUCUUUUUGAAAAAUUUACUCCGGACGAACUUAUCGAUAAUUUGAUGUGGUACUGGAUGCCAAACAGCAUGGUUACUGCUAUGAGAAUUUAUGCUGAAACUUUCAAUAAAGAAAUUCUGAAACCUGGGGCUUAUCAAGCACCCAUAAAUGUUCCAUCUUCUUGUGCUCAGUUUCGCCACGAAAUUAUCUACUUGCCUCCAUAUCUUCUUAAAGAUCGCUACAAAAAUUUAAUUCGAGCAACAAAAUUCUCACAAGGUGGACAUUUUGCAGCGAUGGAAGUACCAGAACUCUUAGCUGAUGACGUUUUAGCCUCAAUAAAGGCUUUUGAAGAAAUUAGAAAUAAUACAGGUUCAUGA